UUUCAGAUGAUAAACGUACAACCUAGACCCAUACGGCCAAACUGAACUGGGCUUCGCUUCGCAUAAAUCAACAACGGCGUCCUCCGCUUCUCUCUUCUCCUUCCUUCCAUCUUCGGUUCCAAUUGCAAAAUCGCCGACUUCCCAUAGGCGAACAAUUUCACACAAUCAACCCACGAGAUCCCCGAGAUCCCUAAUUCUUUUUGAUCUUUUAUUCGUUUAAUUCGGCCUCAGAAUCAGCGUGAAUCGCUUCAAUCUCUUAUUCUUCUUCUCGCUAUGGGAAAGAGAAGAGAGCGUCGCCUCGCUGCUCUCAGUAACGCCGGUCGCCGUGUCAAGCUUGAUCUUUUCGCCGAGCCCUCUGGAGAUUUAGAUGGCUCUGAUGUACAUGAAGAUGUUGGAGGAGAUAUAGAUUCAAAACAGACGACCAAGUUACCCAAAUCAGCAUCCUCUUCAGGUCACCAAGCACAAAAUCCCUUGCUGUUACUUGAGCAAUAUAGUGAUGAUGAAGUUGAUGAGGACUUGAAUAAAAAUUCAGAUCAUGAUGGACAGGAUGAUUUGUUACCUGACCACAAUGAUGAGAUUGCCUCUGCCCCUGUUGAGGUUUGUGAGAAUAUGGAUGCAAAUGUUGGUGAAGACCAUACUGCCCAAAAGGCUAUACAAGAGGAGCCAGAGGGAGGUUUUGUUGAUUUUUCUGGGAACUCGGAAAGCAGAGAUGAAGUAAAAACUGACACAAAUACCUUGGGCUCUUUAAGCGCAGAAACCAAUUUGGUUCAAACAUCUGUUCCUGCAACAUCUAACGUACAAGAUGCUGGAGAUGUUGGUUCAGGAUGGCGAGUUGUAAUGCAUGAGGAGAGCCAUAACUAUUACUACUGGAAUGUUGAAACAGGGGAAACUUCAUGGGAAGUACCCGAUGCUGUUUUGGCUCAGGCUCAAUCCACUCAAUCAACCACUGAUAUUAAAACUUCUACUCAAGUUCCAGAGAACGUUGCAGUCGUUAAACAGGAAUCUGGUUUAACUAAUGGUGGGAAGUUAGAUGCUUUUUCAGCAGAAAGCACAGGUUGCAAGAAUGGUGUUCCAGUAUUUGCAAGUCAGGUUUCUGAGGUUGACCAAAGCUAUGCUGCCUUCAGUACUUGUUCAAGUGACGUGAAUAUAACAAAAGCUGGUUCUGAUGUUGAUUACACCGUAACGAAUGAUGAACUGAAAUCAGGGUUGGAUCUUCCUUCACAUCUUGUGAACUGGAGUGCAACUUUGUUAGAGAGAUUGAAUUCAUUACAAAAGUCUGGAGGUCAUGAAUGGACGUCAAAGUAUAUAUUGGAAACUCACAUUAGACUUUCAGAUUUCAAGUCGCUGCUGCCCUAUAAAACGUCUUUGCUUCCAUUCUGGGAACACUCAAAAAGGAAGCUUAAGCAGAUUGAAGAUGACAUUAACAAAGAAAUUUAUCAGACUGCUGUAUCGUCACAAUUGGAUGAAGCCAAAGCAAUUGAUAUUUCAAACAUUGCAACAGAGCAGAAGUUUCAGGAAAGGUCGAAUGUUGAGUCUGAAGCAGAGAGAGUGGAAAAUGGCAUUUCUGCUUUGGAGCAUUCUCAUUUGCCUGCUGAUUCUGCCUUCUUCACACUCCAACGAGAUAAAAGCCAAGUAACUGCCAUUGCAAAUGGAGAAAAUAUUUCCUCAUCUAUAGCAAUUGAUCACUUAGAAAACUCUACUGGUGUGGUUGAGCAUGCAAGUGAAGCUGCAAAUGAUGAAAUGGCUUUCAAGAAUGGUGUACAUUCUGUGGAAGAUGUUGAUAUGGAGGUGGAUAUGGAAGUUGAAGAUGCCAGUUCUGCAGGUAACUUGACAGUGGCUGGUGCAUCAGAUAUGUCCGUUUCUAAGCCAUUUACUUCCCUGGAGCAACCACUCCAGCCGGAUCUACAAGUCCAACCAAAUCUUUCUUCUGGAUAUGCAUCCUUUGUUCCAGAGGACAGCUCUGUAGCACCACCACCACCACCACCAGAUGAGGAUUGGAUUCCCCCACCACCACCUGAUAAUGAAGAUGUUCCUCCACCUCCACCUGAUGAGCCGGCUGAACCACUAUAUCCUCCUAUGCCUGCAUCUUAUACCCAACUUGGGCAGCCUCUUUGUUACACCGAACCAUAUCAAGUGUCUUAUCCUUAUGGACAUUCUGUCCCUGAAGUCGUCCCUGGUGCAAACUUUUAUGGACAUCCAGAAGCAUGCAAUGUUGUUUUGGCUCAAGCACCAUUUUACUAUGAGGCAGUUCCCAAUUCACAGAUUGAAGCUGUUCCAAUAGUUAUAAAUGGUGUCAUGCCUGAAGGUUAUGGAAUUCUUCAAGAUGCAACAACCUCUCUUCCUAUCUUUAGUUCUACAGAGACCUCUCAAUUGCACGUUGAUUCCUCAUCUGUGAGAUUUGAUGCUUCUCCCUCUAUUCAAUAUGGAUCUUCUGACAUAGCAAAUAUGAGUACUGCUUCUGCUGUCACUGAAACUGACAAAGGAUGUGGAGAGACCACAACGGCCUCCUUCCGAGCAUCUACUUCUGGCUCCCCAACUAAUGAUGUUCCACCAACAAGUAAUGCUGUUACUGAAUCUUCAGCUGCUGCUAAUACGUCUAUAGUUUCCAAGGUUCAACCAAAAGCUCUGCGCAGUAAAAAGCGGACAGUUUCAGUUGCUCCUUCCUUGAGAUCGAAUAAGAAGGUUUCAAGUUUGUUAGACAAGUGGAAGGCAGCAAAGGAAGAACUUGAAGAUGAGGAAGAACCGGAAAAUGCUUAUGAGAUUCUUGAGAGGAAACGAGAAAGGGAAAUAAAGGAAUGGCAUGCCCAGCAGAUUGCCAGUGGGGACGCAAAAGAAAAUGCUAACUUUCAGCCUCUUGGUGGCGAUUGGCGUGAGCGAGUAAAGCGACGGAGAGCUCAAUCAUCGAGUGAAGCUUCACAAUCUCCUGCUGAAGCAUCUACAGAUGGAAACCAGCAGCCUGAUCUGGCAGAAAUGUCAAAAGAUCUCCCCUCAGGGUGGCAGGCAUAUUGGGACGAAUCGUCGAAGCAGGUGUAUUAUGGUAAUGUUAACACCUCGGAAACGUCGUGGACGAAACCGAGCAAGUGAGCUGACAUUUAUAGUUUAAUUUGAUAGUUUUUAUUGGGGAACUUAGGAAGUAUAAUGUAGAGUAGCGUUUGGCAUUGUUAUUGUAUAGUGUUCUUCACCAGUCUGCUAACUUGUUCUUAGAGUGAACUUACAAUUUUGGUGAUUGAUAGCCCAAUCAAAUUGUCAUUUAUACCCCUCUGGAUGGUUUCUGUUGUAGGCUUCAGUUAAAUUCUUUUUGUUGCCAAUUUUCAGUUGA